GCCACCUUAAAGUAGAUGGCGAUCAGCGUAGCCUGAGAUACAUAAGAUCAAGAUACCAUUGGACAAUCACAAUCCCGUCCAAAGAGCGUAGUAUACAAAGCCAGCUGCACUGGCAUAUCUUUUGCUCCCGAGUCCUCGUGUUGCCACUACUAUCGUGUUUCCUACCAGUCCCUCCUCGUAUGGAUAAUCCUACGAUAAACUGUCGAGAAUGUGCUGGAAAGCUCCAAACUCUGCUUGUCCAGCUGCAAACGAACAACGAUACCCAGGCAUCUGAGCAGACGUGGCACGAUGUUGAAAUCACUACGCAGAACCUUGCGAACGGUCUCAGAGUCAGGGGUGGCCCAGACGACAAUCACACUAUGCUGGGCUUGACUUCUCUCCCGCAAACCCUUACUGCUCUCCUCAGAAAUGCACUCAACGGAUCUUCGAUUCCAACUGUGGAGCAUUCAGCGCCAGUGUAUGAAAUCCUUCGUGUAGGCGCUAAUUUGUGCAUGGAUCACGAUCAGAAUCGUUUUCAAUUACUGGAAGCUCGCUUCCCUCAAGCGAUUGUGUCCCUUCUGGAGGGCUAUGCAGACACGGUUCCUUCUGGGCUGCAGAAAGACCCCCUGCCGCUGUCAAUCCCGCAUCUCAAAGUCAUCAAAACCGCUAUUGGUGUUUUGCUGAAUGCUAGUAUAGGUUAUGAACCUGUUAAAUUUCGUCUCACGUCUUUAGAAGUGGCCAUGACCCUCAUGCGACUUUCCUGUGCUAUUUAUCCUACUGGCUCGUGGCUGACUUCACACCCGGUAGGCGAGGUAAACUCAGAGGAUGACAUUGCUGAGUCUUGGAGCCUCCGAAGUGUUAUCUCAAACUGGGCAUGGAGAACAUUAUCGGAGCUCAAGGAAGAUUCACGAUCGCUAUUCGACCCCGAUGUUUUGGCUUAUCUCAUCCCAUCUUUGCUCGCAUAUACGCCUCCCCUUUUGACGGCUCAGCUCCCUGCUUUCAUCCGCUCUUCUCCCCAUCUAUAUACCUCACUCCUCCAGACUGAUUUCGAUCUACUCGAAGAAUCUUGUAUGCUCUUAGAAUCUCUCUCUCUGGAUGUCGAAGACGUCCGACUUUCCCUUGCUCGUGGGUUCAACUUUGAAGCGGAGCAUCUUGGUGUACCAUGUCUCUCUGCAAUGUUAGACUUCAUAGAGAAAGGCAGUUAUCCACUGCUGUGGUACGACAAAGAUGCUGCCCCUUUCGAUGUCGCAGAAAUAAAAAGCAAGGAGAAGGGCUUUGAUAUAUGCAAAGCUGCAGUGAUAAAAGUCGUUGUAGAAGUUGCUGGUGAUGAAAAAAAUCAGGACGUUCUUUGGGACACAUCAGAGGAGGAGAUGCCAGGUGGCGAGUUCGUGUCGCGGAUGGUAGACUGGAUCCGAUCCUACGUCGAUAGCGAAACUGGAGCAAAGGUUGAAAAUCUCGGAAGAGAUGAUUUGGCCAUUUGCGCGUGUUUAGCCUUAGGCAAUUUGACGAGAAGAGAAUCUUAUGCUACGAUUCUCCUUUCCCCUCCUCACAGCAUCGCUUCUCUCCUCUGCCAGCCAGUCAUGCUCUCUCCCUCGACUGACAUCAAGCUGAAACACAGUGUCAUGGGCCUACUCAAGCAUCUCUCUCAAUCUUCGUCGCUGUCUGUUGCAAACCGUGAUAUUUUGAGCAAUGCCAAAACGAUCGAGCGGGUAGUUGAGAGCGGUAUAUGGGAUGAACGGAGCGACGCCAUGGCUGAAAUCGUACAGGUCAGCGCUAUUGGCAUCGUCAAACACCUGUGUAAUAGUAGUGUGGAUAACUCUUUCGCAUUAGUCUUUCCAACAUCUGAGCAGGAUCCUUCGGCGUCGACUGGCCUCUCGCAGAUAUUAGCACUUGUCAAGCGAUCUGACACAGUUGCUGUCAAGAGUGAGGGCACUCGGGUGCUGGUUAAUGUGAUAAAGUCACUUUGGUCGAGUGACCCCAGCCAGCAGGAUAGUCAAGCCGAGGAGGUUAAGGACAGACAACUCAAGCGCGAAAUGGCAAUCGAAGCAUUGCUUACGCCUUCCUGCACUGAAGCUCUUGCGGGUCUCAUAGGCAGAAGUAUGAAAUACCCCAUUCUAAUCAACGAAGGUGUUGUGGCGCUCAGUCUUCUCAGUACACAUCGGAAUGGUGGCCCUCUCGUCCUGCAAGCUCUCGUUGUACCUUUGCCAGUAGAAGCUGCACCCGCAGGAUCAAAUUCCUUACCACCCUCCGCGCCUCCGAGUUUAUCCGCGACUGCAUCAACUAGCAGUGAAUUAGAUUCGCCUAUCGUUAAUUCUCCGACGCGAUCUCGGCCACCAAGUCCUCGGGGCGCGCUAGAUCAGCUCAUCAAUGUACUACGGAAUACCUCAAACACCGAUCACGUAUCGAACAAUCACAGGGCUGCUCUUACAGGUUUCCCAGUUGAGGUGCGUGCGAACGUGUGCGCUUUGCUUGGACAGGUGGGAAAACAGCCGCCUGGGGAGGAUGUGGAAAGGGUCAAGGAUGCCACGAAAGGUAUUUUAGAAGAGCUGUCCCGGGGUAGUACGCAGUCUGGGAGAGAUGGUAUGUUGGGAGCGGCCGCAAAGAGAGUCCUUGACGCUUGGGUGUAAGCUUGAAGGAUGAUUUCUUGAAAAUGUUUGUACGAAUAUCUUGUCAGUUCGAUAUGCUUUCAUAGAUUGGUUUUCUCCCCUUUUUAUUCACGCCUCCUCCUUGUCGUACAUGUUAUUGAACACAAGGACAUGACAAUUUUUCAUGCUA